CGUGCAUCUGAGGACGUUUGUAGCUUUCAAAGUUGCAAUCACAUGACAAGUAUUUGAUCAGCAGACGACCGAGAGACGACUGACUGUAUCAUUUCUACGAUUUUUGAAAUCUCGGAUACUAUUUUGGAAUUGUGUUUAAGGUGAUCUAGCGACGACAAUGUGGAAGAUCAAGACGCUUCUCUGUGUGUCUCUCCUGACGAGUGUUGCGCCACAACUACGGUGGGAACGUAUCCACAGCGGCGUCACUGCACCCUCCCCGUCUCCCCGUCGUGAUGUUGCAAUUGGUUUUCACACAGCAACAAAUCAAGUCAUUAUUUUCGGAGGUCGACCGGGGCCACUAGACGAUACAUGGAUAUUCAACGUGACAGAGGGAAAAUGGCGUGAGGUGGUGGUAAGUGUUCGACCAGGUCAGCGUUACACAGCCGUGAGUGGCGUCAGCGGAGACUAUUUCUAUGUGACGACCGGGGAGGGCAGAAAUGAGACGUUUUACAGUGACAUCUGGCGUUUUCACAUGAAACGCGAAGAAUGGGAGGAACUUCCAGCGCAGAAGCGUCCGUCUUACAUUAGCGGCCACAAUUGGGCCACGUUGUCUUUGACCUCUUUCCGUCCGGAGGCACGGUACGGCUCCGGGGGUGGGAUAUUCCCCGGGGGUGGCAGGAUGUACGUGUCUCAGGGAUUCUCCACCGUCCGAUACUUUGAUACCUUCACCUAUGACGUCAACGCUCUGGGUUGGCAGAGAGAGAACUGUGCAACGUGUCACCCCUACGACCCUCGUUACCCCCACGCUCGAUGUCUCCACGCCAGCACCACCAUCAGCAACGACGAGCUGGUCAUAUUCGGGGGCUGUCUCAGUGGUGGCGGAAGUGGAGGGCCCUGUCCAAGCGGGGAUUCCUGGGUCUUUGACAACAGGCUCAAAACAUGGCGGAAACUAGACAACUGCGCAACUCCAAGGACUUACGCCAGCAUGGCUGAGCUUCCCUCCACCUAUGGGCGACGGAGGGUUGUCCUCUACGGUGGUUUUGAAGACGGAGAACAGGUUCUCAAUACAAACCCUAGCGGAGAAGAUGUAGUGGCUGUUCUUUCGCCCGAGAUGGGCAAAUGGUCUCAGAGAAAGACCACUGCGGUCGACGAGAUAAUCUCAACACCGGGCAGAAGAGCUUCAACCGGCGUGGUGACAGGCAGAUCUGGGAUCUUCGUGUUUGGCGGAGUAGACAUAAAGAUGAACGCUCUGCUCAGCGACCUCUGGUUUCUACGCGGAAAUGCACGCGAUGCUGACCACUCCCCGGAAGUGGCGUGUUCGAUAAACUUCAUCAAUAUGAUUACCGUACAUGGUGUCUUGAUGGUGAUUGGCUGGGCCGUGUUCCUGCAGUGGGGAGCGUUCGUUGCAAGAUAUAUGAAAUUCAAGAGUGGGCUCUGGUUUUACGUGCAUGUCUUCUUUCAGGUGUUUGGUUUGUGCUGUAUAAUCGCGGGGCUGGUGUUCAGCAUUCUCUCAGUACAGUUCGACCACUUCAAGUUCUCCCAUGCAAUCAUUGGUCUCGUCGCUACCAUCUUGGCAGCUCUGCAGCCUCUCAAUGCUCUCGUACGUCCCCUUAAAAUCUCCGACCACGAAGACACAAAGACUCAGCGACGACGGGUGUGGGAAUGUAUCCACCAUUUCGGCGGGCGGUGUUCGCUCCUCCUCGCAUUCAUCAAUAUCUCCCUGGGUGUGUUCCUGGGCGUGGCUCAGAUGGUUAUCUGGGCGCUGUGGUUCUCCUACCUUGGCUUCAUCGUGCUUGUGUAUAUGAUGGCCGAGGUGUGUCGGUCGGUGUACGGGAGGAAGCGGGUAGACCUCUUGGGGGACAUUUACCCUGUGGAGAAAACCAAGUACAGCUUAGCCGAGACUCCCAAAGAACCACCAACUGAUUACAUCAGUGGGGAAACCAACGGUCUCUAGGUCUCACGUUGGUAUGCUCCAAUUACUGUUGUUGAGUGAUGUCAAAGCUGGAAAGGCGGAUUCGUCUUGCAUGGUUUAUGAAUCCGCAGACCCAAAGUGUGGAAUAAAAUACACAUUCUUAGAAUUG